CUGUGUGUCCCGUCCUAGCGGGGGACCGCGUGUGUGCCUGCUUCUACCUCCCUGGGUCCUCCCUCUCUCCGCCUCCCUCUCUCCGGCGCUUCCUACCCUAACCCCAACCACCUGUGCACCGGAGAAACCCAACUCCUCCCGCUCCGCGUCCCGGGGGAGUAGGCAGGGGCAGGGCCACGCCGCAGAGGGGGCCGCCGCCGCCUCCUGCCUCCUCCUCGUCUCCUCCCCUCCCCCGUCUGACGCUACCUCCUCGGGAAGGGUGUUUGGAGGGCAGCGGCCGCCCCAAGCCGGAGCCCUGCAGCGCUUCUUAUGAUCAGCUCGGUGUGUGUCUCCUCCUACCGCGGGCGCAAGUCGGGGAACAAGCCUCCGUCCAAAACAUGUCUGAAGGAGGAGAUGGCCAAGGGCGAGGCGUCGGAGAAGAUCAUCAUCAACGUGGGCGGCACGCGACAUGAGACCUACCGCAGUACCCUGCGCACCCUACCGGGAACCCGCCUCGCGUGGCUGGCCGACCCCGACGGCGGGGGCCGGCCGGAGACCGAUGGCGGCGGUGCGGGCAGCAGCGGCGGCGGGGGCUGCGAGUUCUUCUUCGACAGGCACCCGGGCGUCUUUGCCUACGUGCUCAACUACUACCGCACCGGCAAGCUGCACUGCCCCGCCGAUGUGUGCGGGCCGCUCUUCGAGGAGGAGCUCACCUUCUGGGGCAUCGACGAGACCGACGUGGAGCCCUGCUGCUGGAUGACCUACCGGCAGCACCGCGACGCCGAGGAGGCGCUCGACAUCUUCGAGAGCCCGGACGGAGGCGGCAGCGGCGCGGGGCCCGGCGAAGAGGCCGGCGACGAUGAGCGGGAGCUGGCCCUGCAGCGACUGGGCCCCCACGAGGGAGGGGCAGGCCAUGGCGCGGGGUCUGGGGGCUGCCGCGGCUGGCAGCCCCGCAUGUGGGCGCUCUUCGAGGAUCCCUACUCCUCCCGGGCAGCUAGGGUAGUGGCCUUUGCCUCUCUCUUCUUCAUCCUGGUCUCCAUCACCACCUUCUGUCUGGAGACCCAUGAGGCCUUUAAUAUCGACCGCAACGUGACGGAGAUCCUCCGUGUGGGGAACAUCACCAGUGUGCACUUCCGGCGGGAGGUGGAGACGGAGCCCAUCCUGACCUACAUCGAGGGCGUGUGUGUGCUGUGGUUCACGCUGGAGUUUUUGGUGCGCAUCGUGUGCUGCCCUGACACGCUGGACUUCAUCAAGAACCUGCUCAACAUCAUCGACUUUGUGGCCAUCCUGCCCUUCUACCUGGAGGUGGGGCUGAGCGGCCUGUCUUCCAAGGCGGCCCGCGACGUGCUGGGCUUCCUGCGUGUGGUGCGCUUCGUGCGCAUCCUGCGUAUCUUCAAGCUCACACGCCACUUCGUGGGGUUGCGUGUGCUAGGCCACACCCUGCGGGCCAGCACCAAUGAGUUCCUGCUGCUUAUCAUCUUCCUGGCCCUAGGCGUGCUCAUCUUUGCCACCAUGAUCUACUACGCAGAGCGCAUCGGGGCCAGGCCCUCUGACCCUCGGGGCAAUGACCACACCGACUUCAAGAACAUCCCCAUUGGCUUCUGGUGGGCUGUGGUCACCAUGACGACACUGGGCUAUGGGGACAUGUACCCCAAGACGUGGUCAGGCAUGCUGGUGGGGGCGCUGUGUGCGCUGGCUGGCGUGCUCACUAUCGCCAUGCCGGUGCCUGUCAUUGUCAACAACUUCGGCAUGUACUACUCCCUGGCCAUGGCCAAGCAGAAGCUGCCCAAGAAACGGAAGAAGCACGUGCCACGGCCAGCCCAGCUGGAGUCACCCAUGUACUGCAAGUCUGAAGAGACCUCCCCCCGGGACAGCACCUACAGUGAUACCAGCCCCCCUGCCCGGGAAGAGGGUAUGAUGGAGAGGAAACGGGCAGAUUCUAAGCAGAAUGGCGAUGCCAACGCGGUGCUGUCUGAUGAGGAGGGAGCUGGCCUCACCCAGCCCCUGGCCUCCUCCCCCACCCUGGAGGAGCGCCGGGCCCUGCGACGCUCCGCCACUCGAGACAGAAACAAGAAGGCAGCUGCGUGCUUCCUGCUCAGCGCUGGGGACUAUGCCUGUGCCGAUGGUAGUGUCCGGAAAGGUGGGAUGCUAAUUACAUGAGAAAGUGGAUGGAUGGGUCCUUUGGAACUCCUGAAGCGCUACUGAAGGCGAAGAAACCAGAGAGUAAUUUGAUGGAGAUCUCACAGAUAGAUUUCACAGGCCGAUUUUGACCAUGCUUCUACACUGGCUCUGUGGCCAGACACAGCCACAGUGAGGAGCUGGCCCCUUGGCACCAGCACCACCACGACGUCGAUUGCCAUCGUUUCCCGGUCCACAGCCAGACCGCUAUUUCUGGCUCCCCUGGCUUUGCCACUUGUGAGCUGCGUGACCUUGGCCAAAUGACUUAACCUCUCUAAGCAUGGUCUGUGAAAUGGAGAUAAUGAUACAUCUUUAGAUUUUGCCCAGAGGAGUAAAUGGAGGUGGAAUAUGUGAAGGGGCUAUAGACCCAGGUAGGAAACAGUGCUCAGUGUGUGUCCUUCCCCACUGACAUUGAGGAACCCUGCCCUGGCAGGCAUGACUUGCACAAUAGAAGCACUAGAAGCCCUUUUUCAGAGGGGUUGAGAGGGUGGAGGCAGGUCCAGCUCGAGGUAGGGCCUUGGGACACCAGUGCUCAUGAGAUAACUCACCGUCACGCCCAUUUCCCCCUUGACGACCCGGAAACAGUGGCACCUGCAUGCUUGCUUCCUGAAGCAGUGAGAGGCCAGAGGGAAACACACACCCCUGAAAGCAGGAUCUCAGAAGCUGAGAAGGGGAAUACGAAGAGGAGGAGAAGGAGGGGGACAGGGAGAGUGGCAGAGAGAGGAGCAGGAGCCUCGGAGCCAGCCGGGAGAGAAAAAGCAGGCAGGGAAGGGGGAGAGACUGCACCCGGCUGUGGGGAGAGGCUGCGGAGCCUAAAAUGAACUGAACAGGCUGGAAAUAGAACAGCCGGGCAAACCCCAAACGCUCUGUUUGGGUGUCUGCUGAGUGAGCACGUGAAUGAGCAGAACGGGGCAACAAUGCAAGGAAGAGGUGGCACAUUUCACCCUGGAGGUAGGUCAGAACAAGAGGCACGUAUUCCAGUCCAGCACAGAUUAGUCAGGGUUCUUUUUCCGCAAUGUUUUCUUUAGGUAAUCGUUAUUUUUAACAGGCUGGUUUGGUGGUGGGAUUAGCCUGACGCCACUCCAUCAUUGGCAGGUGGACGGUUUGGGUUUCUUUGAGACCAAGACCACUCUGGGUUCUUAUUUUAACUGUGGAUGCCACUGGUUUGGGGAGAAGAGAUCUUAAUCCACUUUCCAAUUGGAGGCUCAGGAAUCCAAGCUGUGUAAUGGAAUACAUUUCCCUUAUUAGAACAAACCCUAACUCGGGUGCGGUGGCACAUGUCUGUAGUCCCAGCUACUCAACAGGCUGAGACGGGAGGAUGGCUUGAGCCCAGGAGUUUGAGGUUGCAGUGCACUAUGACGGCACCUCUAAAUUAGUCAUGGCACUGCAGCCUGGGCAACAUAGCGAGACUCUGUCUAAAAAUAAAAAAUAGAAAGAACAAAAAGUCCAGUUCCAGGAUGGGUCAGGACUAGCCUGGGGGGCCCUGCCUCUCUCAGCUCACAGAGCCAUGCCAUGUCUCACACACACCAACACACUUCGCCCUGGGAGGUGCCCAGGCCACCUGUGGUUCUGCCAUGGGCUGGUUCCUUCCCCGAUCACCAGCAGCUCCACCUCUCUGAUUCUCCCCACCUCUCCCCUCAGCCCCCUGACACACAAUAUGAAGAACUUUCGGUCUAGAAAUGAGACAUGGGACCAGCAGAGGCUAUGAAGAUAAUGAGCCACGUGGCCCCGAUGGCUGCCAUUUAGCUCAAUCCAAGGCAUCCAUGCCGUGGGGGGUUUGCUCCAUCACUGGUUUCUCUAGAAUUAACUCAGCUGUACUUGACACUGAAUGUGGACAGGAAUUAGGGGGCCUGAACUCCAGCCUCCCUUCCGCCAUGGGCUAUGCAGUCUGGCAACUUGCUUAACCUGGCUGAGCUGCAGUUCCCCAUUUGGGAUAAAGUCAGGGAUAACACUGCCCACCUCAGCAAGUUCACACAAAACUCCAGUAGAUCCUGUACCCCUCCUACUUAGCUCAAUAACUUGACAUUGUAUAAGGUUUAAUUUCCCUCCUUCCUCCCUUCCUUCUUUUCUGGAUGAGCUUUAAGAACCUUUCCCAAUUCAAUAGGUAGAUUCCACUAGAGAACCUUUGAGGAAAGCUAAAUUGGGGAGAAAAGGAACAUAGGCUAGCCCACAGCCUCCCCAUGAGGGGCUGGGGCUGGAGGGGUAGGUCUGGCAGAGGAGAGAAGGGGAGAGACGAGUGAUCAGAGGGUCUCAACCUAAGUGCUGGUGGCUUCUGUGGCAGAGAGGCAACUGAACCUAUAUGUGGUAUUUGGAUCACAGCUGGAAUUCAGACUGGAUUUUGGCUUUAAUAAAAUAUUUGACAUUUUGUGGAGCUCAGUUUUAAACAUGGGGCUGAGAGCUGGCAGAUCUAUGUCCAUUUAGGACCAUUCCCCAAGUUCUAACUCAGUUUCCUCUGCUGCUCUGGGCUUCAGUGUUCUCUGCUCUUCCUGUCAUCAGAAGGCAUUCGGUGAUCAGUUAAUGGCAAAAAGCAUCAGAAGCAAGAAGACUUAUCUCUAAGGAGAUCAGGCCAGAGUUUUCAACUGGGUAGUUAUCCUGCACUUGGUGAUUGUACAACCCUAAGUGGAAAUAGGACCCUAAAGUCCACUCUCUUCCGAGACUAGUCACUUGGAAACACAGCAGCCAUAAGGAAGCUGAUUUAAGACCCUUCGGUUCUGCUUCCAUAACGCACCCCCAACAGAGCUGGCUUGGCUAUGGAACCGUCCAGAAAUCUCUCCCUCUCCACACUGCCUCUUCUCUUCCUGUUAGGCAAGGGCUCUUGGCCUGAAGAAACUUGCCCAGUGCAUGUAUCUUGUCUUCAGGUUGAACAAGAGGUUCAACAAGUCAGUUUCCUCUUUCUGACAUUGAGAGGGUGGAGAUCAAGGAGAAUGUUUCAGAGAACGAAGGAGUUCUUGGCUCUUUGUAUUAUCUGUGCCUGUUCCAGCUCUGGCUGCCCUUGUUUGACCUGCUUCUUGCAGGAGGUAGAGACCAGCAUGGUAGGGAAUGCCCACAAAGUACUCCAGGCUUCUCGGAUAUAAAGGACAGAAAAAUCAAAGCUGGCUCUUACCUCCAUCCAGAUGGAUGGGGUUAAAAAUAGUCCAAGCCCAUUUCUUGCCUCACUUGUCCAGUGGCUAAGUUAAUGCCAAACUGGGAUUUCUCUGACCUCAUGUUAACCCAACCUCAAGGCUACCAGAGUAUCAGCUACUAAAUCACCAAUCUAUAAAAGUCAUCUUGCAGCCUUUUUCAGAUCCCUGAAGGAGCCUUUAAUCCAUCCUGACCUCAGAAGCCACCUUGCACCCUCUGCCUGUAUUUGGGAAUCACCUCUAUCACUUGGUGCCCAGAAAAUAUUUUUAGCUACGAAUAAUGACUCAGACUUCAUCCCCAUUUACAACUGGGGUGAUGAGGGUAGGGAGUUGGAAAAGAUUCCACCAGCCACAGGUCUAACAGCUCCUUGAACGAAGUUUGCUAAAAGACGAGACUGGUCAUGCCCUUCCUCUUCUGAAAAGUCUUCUCUGACUCCCUGCUGGAUAAAGGUGAGAUGCGUCAGUGUGGCUUCCCGGAACCUUCACCAUCUGGUCCCAGCCUCUCUUUUGGGCCUCAGUCAGUCCCUGCCACACAGUCGGACUCCAAUCUCAUACACACAGGAGUGUUUGAAUGUGUGCACUUUCCUGCAUUGGGUCACACACUUCCCUGUGCUUGGGAGUGUCCCCUCCUUUCCUCCACCUUGUGAACCGGCUCAUCCUUUGUGUAGUCUUUUCAUUCUUUCUUUCUUUUCUCUUUUUUUGGUACACAUUUAUUGGGUACAAGUGCAAUUUUGUCACAUGCAUAGAUUGCACAGUAGUAACAUCAGGGCUUUUAGGGUAUCGGUCACUCAGAUAACAUACAUUGUACCCAUGAAGUAAUUUCUCAUGACCCACCCCUCUCCUGCUCUCUCUCCCUCUGAGUCUCCAUUGUCCGUCAUUCCACUCUCUACAUCCAUGUGUGCACAUUUUUAAGCUCCAACUUAUGAGUGAGAACAUGAGAUAUUUGUCUUCCUGUGUCUAACUUAUUUCACCUCUUGUUCCAUUUAUGUUGCUACAAAAGACAUAAUUUCAUUCUUUUUGUGGCUGCAUAAUAUUCCAUGUGUAUGUGUAUCAUGU